UUUGACUUACCCAUAAUCUUUUCCCUUUAAUUCUGAUGUUUAUUUUUAUAUUGCAUGGUAUGCUUUUAUAUAAGAUUAGAUUUAGGUUUAAGGUUAUGUUUUAAUAAAUGUUAUAUUGUAUUUAAGAUUAAAAGUAUAUUUAUUUUGAAGAUUUUUAGAUUGCAGUUGAAUUUUGAUAAAAUACUUAUUUCUUGUUAUUCACACUGCUGUUACCUUCUAUGUGUGAAUCAAAACAUCCUUUUUCUUUCUCCUUGAAAAAACAUAAAGACAGUUUUCUCAGCUGUUCCGGGUGCCAGACAGUUCGAUGGCAAUCUGAAAGAGGAGGAGUUGUAGUUCUGGUGAAUUACAGGCUGAAAUGAGAGAAGAGUGCCAUAUAAAUCACUGAAUGCAACAAAACGGGACCAUUUUUAGAGCUAUGACGUGAGCAUGGUGGCGCAGUCCUCCGCACCAGCGUCUCUGGUUUGUUAGGGGGUUAACUACUCAAUGCUUUCGUUAGUCCCUAAGCCUCCCACUCCCCAACCCCUUCCCUUCAUCCUCCAACCAAUGCGUCAGUAGGGGACUAGUAUAUAAGACCCUGCCACCUAAAGCUCUCAAAGACCAAGAUCCCUCCAGCUUUACUCUGCAACAGGAGCUACAUCGUCUUUGAAGUUUCUGCUCCGGUUUUCGCCUGAUCUUUGUGCACUUUAACUUUUGCUCACUCACAUUUUGUCAGUAUGCAGUUUUUGGCCAGCCUAGUGUCUCUUUUGCUGGUGCUGUACAGUGUCAGAGCAGCAGCUGUGCUUCCAGUGGAGGAGAGGAACCUAGUACACAGUAGGGAGUUAAGUAAAGAGCGUAAGGAGCUGAUCCUAAAACUGAUUUCUGGGUUGCUGGAUGGAGUAGAUAACAGCGUGCUUGCUGGGGAGAUAGCACCAGCCCCGCUGGAGGUGGAGGAGCCCCUUGAGUCCCGUCUGGAUGAAAGGGCCGUCUACAACCGGUUAUCACAGCUGCCACAGCGUGACCGCAAAGCCCCCUGCAAAAACUUCUUCUGGAAGACCUUCACAUCGUGCUAACAGCUCAAGCCCUGCAACGAUUCCACACUCCUCCCUGAUACCUGACAUGAACUGUGUAGACCUCCACUGUACAUACCAUCUCCAGUGUCUGAACAAAGAUCUCCGGGGACUUACUCUGACACAGUCUGUUUGUUAAAGACAUUGAUGAUUAUAUUUAUUUAUUUUGUUUAUCAAUUCUUUAAUAUAUUUAUGGACUUUUUUGUUAUUCAGCAUUAAAAAGAAUAAAGCAUGGUUAAGCAUGGUUGCUUUUUUUGAUAAAACAUGUCUCAUUCAAUGUGGUCAACAUCAAGAAAAGCGUCAAAUUAUGUUAUUCUGACUGUUGAAUAAACAUAACAUAUAUUAUUAUAGUCAACAUAUAAGCGUUCCCUAAAAUAAUGGCAAAUUUUAAAUACAGUAUUGUUUUAAUGCCAUUUUCACAACCAGUGGUUGUUUGACACUAAAAACACCAAAUUAACUGAUUUACUGUUUUUGUGGUGUUAUGGUUUUUCCUUGUCAAUUAAUUAUAUGUAACUGCAGCUAAUGAGAGGGUUUGCUUCACGUCAUUAUUCUUUUGGUCAUUGUCUAAUAAUUUUUUGUUUUUUUCUUUGAGUCAGGGUAACCUUUUGCCCCCCAAAAAUCUUUGAAUGCUUGUAAAAAAUUCCAAACUUCCUAAAUAGCUAACAACACUAAGUAUGUUUAAGAGAAUCGAUAUCAUGAAUGCUGCCAUUUGUAAGGUUUCAAGUACAUACAUAAAGUACUUUCAACAUAGCCAAAGACUGUUUAGCUUUAACACUUACCAAAUGUCUUAUAUGCAUCAGAAAUAAUCAAUUUCAAAACAUAUUAACUGAAAUUUCUUAAAGGGGUAUUUCUCCACUUUUUUCCAUGAAACACAAAAGAUGUUUAGGCAGAAUGUUAGCUUUAGUCACCAUUCACUUUCAUUAAAUAGACCAAAAAAUAAAUAAAAUAAAUGAAAACAGAUAGAAUAUUUUUUUGCAUUCUGAAACAUUGUCAUGCAAACUGUCUACACAAGU